UUGGGUUUGGCAGAGUCUCCUAACAAGAUGUGUGGUGUAAAGCUGGCCUAUUUAUUCGUGUUCAGUGCUCUGAGCUUGGCUGCCAAUGCGGCUCCAAACGCACUGAACAAUGAGAUACGAAAUCUCAACUGGCGGAAUUCGCGUAAUAUUCGAAACAUACAAGACCUGCAGAACUUACAGAAGAUACAAAGCCUCCGAGACGUACUGAAUCUCCAGGACGAAGCCACCAUCAUCAACGGACAAGUGAACGCGGAUCUAAGGAACAUCGAUUUGCUGAACCGUUACGGCCCUCAGAGUCCACUGAAUAUCAUCGACCGACGAGAUAUUGUAGAUAAUCAACAGAAUGGAGUGGAAUCUUUUACGUCCACGGAUGUAGUUGAUAUCACUGACAUCCAACAGCCUGGAUCUGAAUCGAUUCAAGUUAGUGAAAGCAUUAGACCUUCGAAUAUUUUAGAUACCAAUCAGAGGCUUGAUUUGGAAGGCAGACCCACGAAUGUUGUUGAUAUCGUUGAUAUACAACGGCCCGGAUCGGAGACGAGUCAAGUUACUGAAACCGUGUCACCCACUAAUGAUUUAAGAUCUGAACUUCGAACAGGAUCAUUAAACAAUUUACUCCCAGGAUAUCCAAGACGAUCAUCACUACGACCAAGACCUGUACGACCGUUACGAUCAGCCAGAUUAAACUCAAACAGAUGGGGACUUGGACCUAAUGUAGGCCGUAGAGGUUUGGUAUCUCCAGUUAAUUCAGGAUCACUAUUGAAUUCACUACUAUCACGUCCUGUCUCCCAAAACUGGAAUAAUGAACCUAUUCGACUGUUAGGAUCUAGAUCUUUAAUUGAAGAUAGAGUACCUUCAGUAUAUCAAAGAUCCUCACUAGGUGUCGAUAGAGUAAACUCGGUUCUUGGAUCUGGACGUACAGUACCUGAACUUGAUAGAGUAAACACAAUCGUGGGAUCUGGACAGAGCAUAAGAUCUUUAAUUAAUAACAGAUUAUCUUCAGGGUAUCAGAGAUCUCCACUAAAUAUUGACAGAGUAAAUUCAGUUGUUGGAUCUGGACAGACAGUAAGAUCUUUAACUGAUGACAGAGUACCUUUAGGGAGUCAGAUACCACCAGUAGAUGUUGAGAGAAUAGACACGAUUAUUGGACAACCAAGUGACAAUGUUGUUAUCGUCACUAAUGAUAUAGAAAGACCAGGUUCCAGCGGUUCAUCGACAUAUCCUACUUAUGGGCCACGUAGUACACAAGAUUUGGAAGUUAUUACAUCUGAGAGAAUUGUAAACGGUAGUCCUGUUUUAAGUUCUGAAGAAGUUAUAGUAGGCAAGUAUCUCUUGUAUGAAAUUGAUAUUUUAAUCUGUAUGUAUACUAUCAUUAAUGAAAUGAGGCAUACAUUUAUAUAA